UGGGCUUAGUGUACUGCGCUGAAUAUAUCAAUGAGUUAGCAGCCAUGAAUUGGAGGCUGUUUUCUAAAUACCAAUACUUUGAUUCAAGAGGAAUGUUUAUUUCGCUUGUGUUUUCAGCACCACUGCUGGUGAAUGCUGUUAUAAUUGUGGUCACCUGGGUUUACAGAACUUUGAAUGUAAUGACUGAACUAAAGACACUACAGCAGAGGAGGAAAGCAGAAAAACAGAAAAAGAAGUGA